AUGGUACAGCAAAGGCGUGUCGGGUCGAAGAUUGCGGACUCUAGUCGAUAUAUGAAUGAGGUCAAGUGCACCGAUGCUGGUUCGCAUGCCGUCGCUGGUUCCGCUAGACGCUCCGACGAAGGAGUUCUCUGCUACACUUCCAACGUUGUGAGGACCGUCGUCAGCAAUUCUCAGUAUACCCGGAAUCUCGAUGUCUCUCGAAGACCUCAUUGGGAUGGGACACCCAUUGAGGACGAAGGGUGCUUGGAGGGCUCUGACAACUUUUUGCACACCGUAUCGGGAUCGUUCUCAUGUGGCUACGUGUCACGAAUUUGUAUCGACACGUUUCAGAAUCGUGUGUAA